UCAAGAGUGACAGAGAGACUGAGGGAAAGGGAAAAGAAAGAGAGGCCAGGAUUUCUCAAGAAUCCAAGUAGGGGCGAUCAAACCCAUUGCCCUUAUCCUAUCUCCCUCUUCUGAUCCUUUGCAUGAUUGACCAGUUCCUUUCAGUCUCCAGAUCUUCUUCUUCCUCCGUAUCGCUCUGUUUUCGCCAUUUCUUUCCUCUGUUUCUGAUAUUUCUCUGAAUCAAGCAGCUUUGCUCAUGCAUGCACAGUCCACCUCAGUUAAAUUAAGCUAGGAAUGAUCGAUUCCUGAAAUGGGCCACUGCGUUUGCCAUUAACUACUGUGCCUCUUCUCUUGAUUUUCGAAGGUGAAAACCGAAAAGCCAUAGUCGAACCAGGAGAUGGCCCCCAGGUCUGGCAGAGGCAGGGGAAGUAAGGGCAGAGCAGAAAAGAAGAAAAAAGAGGACAAAGUUGCGCCUACCGUUCUUGACAUUACCGUCAUUACUCCAUACGACACCCGACUCAUACUCAGGGGCAUUUCGACUGACAAGAUAGUAGACGUUCGAAGACUGCUGGCCGCCAAUGUAGAAACCUGCCAUCUCACCAACUACUCUCUCUCCCAUGAGGUUAGGGGGCAGAGGCUUCAUGACAGAGUAGAGGUGGUUUCCCUGAAGCCUUGUCUGCUCAGGAUGGUUGAAGAGGACUACACGGAAGAAGCCCAGGCGGUCGCGCACGUGCGGAGACUUCUCGACAUCGUCGCCUGCACCACCCGGUUCGGCAAGCCGAAGGCCGGUCGACAACCCUCCGCCGCCACCGCCGCCGCAGCCGUCAAGGAUGGAGCCAAGAAGGCGCACGCCAGCCACCAACCCGCGAGGACGAGCUCGCCGCCGGCAGAUGGAGGGAAACGAAUUGGAACGGCUUCAAAGCCGUCCGUGUCGGCGGUAUCCAACGGAUACGAUAUGGCCGCCAUUCGUCCCACGCCUAAGCUGUCGCAUUUCUACGAUUUCAUCUCAUUCUCCCACCUCACGGCUCCUAUUUUACAUCUGAGGAGGUGUGAGGGUAAGCUGGAAGAGAGGCAAGAUGGCGAUUAUUUUGAAAUUCAGAUUAAGAUUUGCAAUGGGAAGCUAAUACAAGUGGCUGCAUCAGUGAAAGGGUUCUACUGUGGGGGAAAGCAGUAUUUACAAAGCCCCUCCCUGGUGGAUCUUUUGCAACAGCUAAGCCAAGCUUUUGCCAACGCAUAUGAUACCUUGAUGAAAGCCUUCGUGGAACAUAAUAAGUUUGGUAAUCUUCCAUGUGGUUUUCGUGCGAACUCAUGGCUUGUCCCUCCAACCAUUGCUGAGUUUCCAUUAACCUUCCCAUCUUUACCAAUAGAAGAUGAGAAUUGGGGUGGCAAUGGCGGAGGCCAGGGAAGAAAUGGUGAAUAUGAUCGUCAACCUUGGGCCACAGAUUUUGCAAUAUUGGCAAGGCUUCCUUGCAAAACUGAGGAGGAAAGGGUCGUUCGGGACAGGAAGGCUUUUUUACUUCAUAAUUUAUUUGUCGAUGUUUCAAUCUUUAGGGCUGUUUCAAUCAUACACCAAAUUGUAGAAUCCAAUGCGAGUGGUUCUCCGGGGUCCAUUGUGCAUGAGAAUCGCAUAGGGGACUUGUCUAUUGCCGUAAAACGUGAUGCAGCAGAUGCAAGCUCCAAGUCAGAAGAGAAAAUUGGUUGUGAUCCAUCAUCCAGUGUGUCUGCUGAGGAAGUUGCUGAAAGGAAUUUACUAAAAGGUGUAACUGCAGAUGAGAAUGUAGUUGUUAAUGAUACUUCCUCAUUGGGCAGUGUCAUUGUGAGACAUUGUGGAUACACUGCAAUUGUGAAAGUUGUUGGCAAUGUUGACAAAAUAAGGUUAAUGGAUCGGGCUAUUGAUAUUGAUGAUCAACCAGAUGGAGGAGCUAAUUCCCUCAACAUUAACAGUCUAAGGAUUCUGCUUCAGAAGCCAUGCAGUGGAAAAUCACCGGCAAUUUAUCAGUCACCUCCAUCCAAUUUAGAUGAAACAGAAGUUUUCAGAUCUUUGGUUCAAGGAGUAAUUAAGGAGAGCUUAACUAAGUUAGAAGAAAAAGCAGUUGUUUCUAGAAGAUCUAUCAGAUGGGAACUUGGAUCUUAUUGGAUGCAGCAUCUACAGAAGCUGGAAACUCCAAGAUAUAACAGUUCUAAGGGAUCAGAUGAUGAUAACAAAAACGAACUGGCUGUCAAAGGUCUUGGAAAGCAAUUUAAACCCUUGAAGAAGAGGGAAAGUAAACCUAGUGGUGAAAAUAAUGCAGAUGGUAAGGAUGAAAUUUGUUCCAGAUCCCACAGUCAGAAUUUGAGACCUAAUGAAGGUGAGAUAAACAAUGAGUUCUGCUGCGAGGCUGAAUUAAAGAAAUUUAUUUCUGAAGAAGCCUUCUUGCGUUUGAAAGAAACUGGAACUGGUCUUCAUCUAAAGUCGAUGGACGAUCUCAUCAGAAUGGCACAUAAGUAUUAUGAUGAAACUGCUUUACCAAAGCUGAUAGCAGAUUUUGGAUCACUUGAGCUCUCACCAGUUGAUGGACGCACACUAACCGACUUUAUGCAUCUGAGGGGACUUCAAAUGCACUCUUUGGGCCGUGUGGUUGAACUUGCAGAGAAGCUUCCCCAUAUUCAGUCAAUUUGUAUUCAUGAGAUGGUUACUCGAGCUUUCAAGCAUGUGCUCAAGGCAGUUGUUGCUUCUGUUGAGAACGUUGAGGACCUACCUGCCGCAAUAGCUUCUUCCCUAAAUUUUUUGCUUGGGCUCUCUGCUGUGGAGGUCAAUGACCAAAACUUGAGAGACGACCAUGUUCUCAAAUUGCGGUGGUUGCAAAAAUUUUUAUUUCAAAGAUUUGGUUGGAAGCUUAAAGAUGAGUUUCAACACCUGAGGAAGUUCUCAAUUCUUAGAGGACUUUGCCAUAAGGUUGGAUUGGAGUUGAUUGCAAGAGACUAUGAUAUGGAAAGCCCAAACCCAUUUAAGAAAUCUGAUAUUAUCAGCAUGGUCCCUGUGUGUAAACAUGCAGGCUGCUCUUCUGCAGAUGGCCGGACUUUAUUGGAAUCAUCCAAGAUUGCAUUGGAUAAAGGAAAGAUUGAUGAUGCUGUUAACUAUGGGACAAAGGCGCUGUCUAAGAUGAUGGCUGUGUGUGGUCCUUAUCACCGAAUCACGGCAAGUGCUUACAGUCUUCUAGCAGUAGUUCUUUAUCAUGCUGGAGAUUUUAACCAGGCAACUAUUUAUCAACAAAAGGCUUUGGAUAUCAAUGAAAGGGAACUUGGACUUGACCAUCCAGACACGAUGAAAAGCUAUGGGGAUCUUUCAGUUUUCUACUAUCGUCUUCAACACAUUGAAUUGGCUCUGAAGUAUGUCAGCCGUGCGUUAUUUCUUCUUCACUUCACAUGUGGACUGUCUCACCCCAACACAGCUGCGACAUACAUAAAUGUGGCUAUGAUGGAAGAGGGAAUGGGAAAUGUUCAUAUUGCCUUGAGAUAUCUGCAUGAGGCCCUUAAGUGCAAUCAAAGACUAUUAGGAGCAGAUCAUAUACAGACUGCUGCAAGCUAUCAUGCCAUAGCCAUAGCUCUUUCAUUGAUGGAAGCAUAUUCACUUAGCGUCCAACAUGAGCAAACUACACUACAAAUACUUCAAGAAAAACUUGGACUAGAAGAUCUCCGUACUCAAGAUGCUGCUGCGUGGCUUGAAUACUUUGAAUCAAAAGUUAUGGAGCAACAAGAAGCAGCACGGAAUGGAACUCCAAAGCCAGAUGCAUCAAUUGCAAAGAAAGGCCACCUCAGUGUCUCAGAUCUCCUCGAUUACAUAAAUCCUGAUCAAUAUUCAAAAGGUGAAGAUGCAGGGAGAAAGUUGCGGCGUGCGAAGGUGGUGCAAACUAGCAGCAAGUCCCAUCAAAUGCAGAAUUAUGCCACCACUGAUGAUGCCAUGCUCCAUGAUGGUUCAAAAGACACUAUGACUAUAGCAGAGGUUAAUACGGGAGUGAAUCUGUGCACAGCCCAUCCCAAAGAAGAAGAAACUGAUAGUAUCACCAGACUUGAGCGGACAAUUGAAAGUGAAGCUGAUCAAACAAAUUCAGAUGAUGGGUGGCAAGAGGCCAGUUCCAAAGGGCGCUCUGGUAACAUUGCUGGUAGAAAAUUUAGCCGGAAAAGAUCAGGCUUUGCAAGUUCAAAGAUAAAGAGCCCUGAGUGCAUGAAUUUUAAAGAAAAUAACAGUUGGGAGGAUGUCAUUUCACCAGCACAAGAGAUGUUGAUAAAGACCAUUUCAAUCAAUCCAUCGUUAAGAAAGCGAUCGGAGGCACCUAAAUUGAUUGCAGGAGAGGAUCCAAUCAAAUCCCAGGCAGAAACUUUGGCAUCCAAAUAUUCCUCGACCCCAUCAACUCUCUCUGACGUGGGUUCAAAAUCUGCAUCUUACAAAGAAGUGGCUGUGGCACCCCCAGGUACAAUUUUAAAGCCCAUAGUGGAGAAAGCAGAAACAGUUGAGGGGAAAACUGAAACUGACUCUGCACUGGAAGCAAGAAGGGAGGAACAAACAAACAACAUUACUAUGAAUGAGACAAUACUGGAUCAUGAAGAAACAAAAGACAUUCAUGAAAGUGUUGAUUUAUCAGGGAUGCCUGCUCCAGAACUUGAAGAUGUUUCCUGUUCAGAGGAUCUGGAAAAGCCAUCAGAAAAUGGGAGUAAGCUUUCAGCUGCAGCUCAACCAUUCAAUCCUGGUGCCCUUUGUAUGGCUCACCCAAUAAGUAGUGUUUAUGAUUUAAGGACUAGCCAAGGCAUUCCUGCAGUGCCUGUGGGUCUUCCUCAACCCUCAGUAGCCGUGAGAAUUCCUUAUGGGCCUAGAUCACCGUUAUAUUAUAGGACCAGUCAUGCAUUCCAUGUGAAUCAUGGUUUUGUGAAGCACCAACACCCCAUUAUGGAAAGAAGUGGAGGGUUUGGGCCCCACAAAAUUAUGAAUCCUCAUGCACCCAAGUUUGUACCAAGGAGAGCUUGGCAAUUAAUUUCAGCAAAUGGAGAUUCUAAGGGCUCAACUGAUUCAAAUUCUUCAGGCAAUAUGAAUGAAGAGUUCUCUGCAGAAGAAAAACUUGAUACGACUGCUGCAGAAAUUGAAGAUGAUAGAUUGAAAGAGAGCAGCUCUGAUAAAGAGAAAUCGGAGCUUGCAAGGAAUAUACUGCUUAAUUUUUUUGUGACCUCAGUCCAGCAGAAUUUGGAUCCUGCAAGCGAGGCUGCUGCUUGUGAAAAUAACUCUGACAUUUCUUCUUCAGAAGCAGUUGCAAAUGACAGAGCAAUUAUAGAAAUUGGAAGUAAGAACAAGGGAUAUAUAGGCUUGGGUUCUCAAUCCAGUGAUUGUCAACAUCAGAAGCCAUUAGAUGUAAAUAAGAAUAAGAACAGUGAUGGUGGAGGCUUUAUAGUGGUAAAAAAAUGGAGAAGAAAUAAGCAACAAAUCACAGAUGCCGGGACUGGGUUGCACAACCAGUCCAUUUGUGCUUCAGUCCACUGAAGAGGUGAGAGAUGAAAACUUGUGGGGGUGCACUGUUCCAUCUGCUGGUUGUGCUUGGACAGUUACCUUGCAUCACAUUGUAGUGGCUCUAUAGAAAUGUUGGAAAAAACUGAUAAGCAAGGAACUUCUAGUCACAAUAAGUUUUAUUUCUUUUGGUCAGUGCGCAGCUCACUUCGGUUGUUUUCAUGGUCUCUGUUGUAAUAAAGAGUUUUUAUUGAGUUAAUAAAAGGCUAGUUUGCUUGUUCUAUA